CAGGAGCCCAGAAAGUGUAAUAGCAGAACUUUGCUCCUCAGUUCUUGCUGAUGGAGUUCAGAAUGUCAAGGUCAGACGGAACCAUGCUUUCCAAGAUUUGCUACGUUGGAUGAACCGAGCUGAUUAUGGUUGGGACAAACAUCUUAUUGUUUCUUUUGUUGGAGAACAAGGGCUUGAUUCUGGAGGACCUAGGCGCAAUCUAAUGGAACUGACUGUUCGUGGACUGAUCAACUGGGGAGGACUUUGGUGUGGGAAAGAAGGACACCUCAUUCCAGCUCCUGACUUUUUAACAUUGCAGAACAGAUCCCAUUGUAUGGCAGGGAGGAUUGUUGGCACUGUUCUCGUUCAGAGUUCUCUACAGCUCAAUAUUUUUGCAGAAUCUCUGAUCAACACCAUUGCAGGAAUCAACCAGUGGUUUGUAGAUGAUGUUGCUGAUGAAACUGUCCAAAGCAAGCUGAAAGAGAUAUUAGACUAUCGGGGAAGGAGGGACUGGACUGGCGAUCCAGUUGUGGAGAAAAUAGCAGAAAACAUCAGCUUUCUAGGGGAGGUCAAUGAUGCCCAAAAAAAAGACUUCACCCAAGCGGCUGCAAGAUAUUACACUUCCGUAGUGAAUCGUGCUCAAAUUGAAGAAUUCAAAGAAGGGCUCGAAACAUUUGGAAUUGCAACAUUGAUAAGAAAACAUCCAGAUGUGAUGAAGUUGCUUUUGUGUGGCCAGAAAAGAGCAACAAUACAGCCUGAUGAAGUAUAUGACAUGUUUGAGGCAGAGCUGUUAGAAGUGGGGUCAAAUCAAAGGGAUUUGGAGGAAGAGGCAAUGAUGCAUUUCAUGCUGUUUUUAAGCAGCUUGACAAACCUAAGUAAGCACAAUUUUUAUUAUAGUGCAUUUCCAUUUUUCAUAUUUACUUGUUUUAAUUUGUAUUGAUCUCUCCUUAAGCUAAAUAGGACUUGGUUUUU